AGUGGCACUUGGCCCACCGGCCCAGACAUGCAUGAGUUCCUCCUGCGAGCUGCAGGGGCACAUUGUGGGCACUUGGACUUAUCAGAACGGCAGUUCUUACAGAGUAGUCUUGGACGGAGACAACUUCGUCUUUGAAGAACGUCAUGGCGAUGGACGGGACGUGCGCGGAAUCUUGCUACAAGAAGAUGCCUGGUUGGUAGGGCGGCUCAUCUACCGCGACACCAGCGAGGUCUCCGGCACGGUGAUGCUGCAAUUUGCCGACGGGUUGGACACCUUGACCUCUUUUUUCCAACCUCGUGGUACAUCUGGAUGGGUUCAGGCUGUUGCGACGCGAUCUGGCAAGGCGCAGGCUCGCAUCUUGGAUGGCAAGGGGCAAAGGCCGUUGCCCACGAGCCUGAUGCAAAGCCAGCGGAGUUUCCUGACGCAAGGCCCUCUCAGCGUCACUGGCUAUCCGGAGGUGUCGCGCGAGGAGUUUGGAUGGUCACCAAUUCUGUGCGAUUGUGUGUUGCAGUCAUUGAAGGCUAGGGUGGCGUACCUCGAAGAAACGAUGUCAUCACAUCACUCAGAAGCCACAGUUCGAGGCAGCAACUAUCGGUGUUUGCCAGAGAGAGGUGACUGGCGCGACACGUCACUGAGGGUGCAGCCUGUGAAAGCAAAGACUUUAGCCAGGACCAUUUGGAGUGAGGCUGAUGCCUGCCAAGAGCUAUCUUUUCCCACACUUGGCAAAGUUCAGGCCGAGCCUGCACCGCCGGACAAAGGCCAGAGGAGAAUUUCCAAGAAGGAUCAAGCCGUGCAGUGUGUUGAGGAGAAGCCACCCGUCGCCCCCGCAUCGCCCGCGGCGCCGCCCGUCCUGGCGCCACCUGCGCCAUCUGCGCCUGCGGCGGCGCCAGUGGAGCCUCCGGAGAAGUCCUGCCAUUGCGGCUCAAAGACCAGACGCAAUGUCCACCUGCAGGCGGUUUUGGAGAGGCAGAAUCGACGCUGUCUUGUCCUGGCGGAAGAUGUGGCCGUGCUAUCAGAGGAGCUCGGAAAAAUACGCAGCCAGCCUUUCACUGCCACGGGGCUGUUGGUGAGUUCCUCUGUUGGUGGUGAUGGAAAGUGAAGUGCCUGACCUGAAUUGUGAGCAUGCUAGUUUUUUCAAAAAUCCGGCUGGAACAUCAAAUUUCAACCACUCCUUUUUGCUUCCUUUGAUGCCAUGGUGAAAAAACCUCUGAAGAUGCCGGACCAGUAGUAAAAGUAGUUACUGUAGUUACUAGUUUGAUUCAACUCUACCACUGGUUGAAGCACAGUGUCUUGAACAUCUUGAACACAAUCUGAAGCGCUGAUGUGGCGUUAAUGUGUGAAGUUGCCAAUUCCUGGCAUGGGCGCAUCAAAGAUGGCCUGGAAAGACACCUCAAUUCAAUUUCCAGAGAAAGGGCAGAUUGCGGAUUUUUCUGAACAUGGGUCACGGGUACCCCGACUUCUCAUCAUUGUUGUUUUGGAAAUAGC